AUGAUUAAUCCUUCCAAGUGUGUGUUCGUCUUGUUGGCGUGCUGUGCCGUCUGCUACGCGACGUCGGAGACCAAGGAGGACGACAGUCUGGUGGACAGAGGCUUCAGGGCGAUGUACAGAGUCUACGAGGACUGUCAGCACAGGAAUAUAGCCAUUUCCCCGUGCCUGAAGAAGAAGGCUAUCGGAUUCUUCGAACGGUUGGGCAGAAUGCGCACUCUGCCACUGUCGGACAACCUCGAGCUAGUCAGGACCACUGACGAAAUGUCGAAGAGCUCCGUGUCCGAAUUGGAGACCACUCUUGGCAGGACCACGUCCAGCAAGGACGAGAUUCUGAACGAGAUCCUGUUCGAUCGCGUGGCUUCCCUGUUGAACAGUUUCAACAUUCAGAUUCGAUUGCCCAGGACUAGUCCCGGUGAGCUGAAACGGGGCAUGGAAGAAGGGCGUGGCAAGAUGAAGAAGAUGAUGGGCAUGAUGAUGAUGGGAAUGGCUAUGAAGAUGGCCGCGCUGAUCCCUAUUGCUCUUGGAGUGCUGUUCCUGUUGGCUGGCAAGGCUCUGAUCAUCAGCAAGAUCGCCCUGGUCCUGUCUCUCAUCAUCGGGCUGAAGAAACUGUUGAGCCAGAAGAGCAGUCACGACCACGGUGGCUGGCAGCAGAGCGGCGGAGGCUGGGAUAGGAGUCUGAAGAACGUGUUGAGCUCCACGGAGACAUCGACGACCGAGCUGACACGGGAGUACGCGCAGAACUUGGCCUACUCGGCGCGACAUCAGCACUGA